AGCCCACCUUCACCGUCACCACCACCACCGCCACAUAUUCUCAUCCCAUUACUUCCAUACGUACUCCUGCAGUGUUUCUCAAAGAGAACCAACUGCAUUGCAUUAAUUCACUUACAAUCCAAAAUGGCACGUCAAGCUAUUGUCCUUGUUGCCCUUGCUCUUCUGGCCACCGUGGCUUUCGCCGCAAGCCCCAGCGGCGGUGACAGCAAACCAAAGCCUGGACUCCCAACCUUCGCCGCCGUACCCUCCGGCGCCGCCGGUCCCGCCACCGACAGCAAUCAAGUUGGAACCAGUGACGCUGCUGGUGCUCCUGCUGCAAGCGGACCCAGCAUUGCCGACGCCUUGGCCGCUGGGGUUGGUGGACCUAUUAGUUCCAAGGCUUUUGGCACCGCUGAGUCUCCCAAGUCUGGUGCCACCACCGCCCAGGUCUCCGCUGGAGCAGCUGUCGUCGCCCUCGCCGGCUGCUUCUUCUUCUAAGCUAGCUAGCUGCAUUAUGUAAUUAACGUACAUACACGUUUAUAUGUAAAUAUAUGUACGCAUUGAGAAGUAACAAUAAAAUUUAGCUCCUUCUGGUUUUUCCUGUUAA